AGUCAAGCCUCCUUAGGGUCCCUUGGCGUGUUGUAAUAGCAAUACACGGAUGAAGUGGUUUAUUGUGGUUUCCUGGUAAAGGGCUCAAGUGGUGGGAAGUUUAAGAGGGGUUUGGAAGCAUCAUGGGUACCACAGCGCGGGAUGUUUUCCUGUUGAGACUGGGUUGCGCUGUGCUUCUGUGGGUCCCUCUGCUUGCCGCUGCUGCAGAGUUUCAGACACUUUCCCAUUUAAAGCCCCGGGCCGAUGACCAGAGCCAGACUAAGGCUGUGCGUGAACUUUUGCAAAGGCUUGUGAAGGAUCGCGCGGGUGAGUUCGUGGUCUCUGUAAACCGAUCAGUGGCUGUGGACGGCUUAGAAACGUACGAGCUGCGAUCGGUAGGCGGUGGGAAGCAGAUCUCGGUGGUAGGAAGCACUGGUGUUGCUGCUGCCACUGGGAUCUAUUACUAUCUGAAGUAUUAUUGCAAAUGCCACAUUUCGUGGUCUGGAGACCAGCUUAACAUUUCUCGUCCACUGCCACCAGUCCAGGGAGUAAUACGAGUGACAACGCCCAACAGGUUUCGCUACUAUCAAAAUGUAUGCACCCAGAGCUACUCAAUGGUUUGGUGGGACUGGAAUCGCUGGGAGAGAGAAAUUGACUGGAUGGCACUCCAGGGCAUCAAUUUGCCUCUAGCAUUUGUUGGGCAAGAGUUCAUUUGGCAAAAGGUAUUCCUCAUGUUGGGAUUGAACCAGUCUCAGAUUGAUGAAUACUUUUCUGGUCCUGCAUUUUUGGCUUGGGCUCGCAUGGGGAAUAUUCACUCCUGGGCUGGGCCCUUACCAAGAUCUUGGCAUCUGAACCAGGCCGCCUUACAGUACCAUAUUUUACAAAGGAUGCGAUCUUUGGGAAUCAUACCUGUUCUUCCUGCCUUUGCUGGUCAUGUACCAGAAGCUCUUGUAAAAUUGUUUCCAAAAAUUAAUGCCACACGCUUGGGACCAUGGGCUUCAUUUGACUGCAGCAUGUCUUGUUCCUGGAUGAUUGAUCCAGAAGACCCCAUGUUCUUGGAAAUAGGUGCACAGUUUCUUAAAACAGUGAUCACAGAGUAUGGCACUGAUAAUAUCUACAAUACAGACACCUUCAAUGAAAUGGACCCCACCUCUUCAGACCCUGCUUAUCUGUCUGCAGUUAGUGGUGCAAUCUAUAAAUCAAUGACUAUAAUGGACCCUGAUGCAAUUUGGCUGAUGCAGGGCUGGCUGUUUGUGAAUUCACCACAGUUCUGGAAACCUCCCCAGACUGAGGCUUUGCUUCGUGGAGUGCCUAUUGGCAAAAUGAUAGUGCUGGACUUGUUUGCAGAGACACAGCCAAUUUAUACAACUACACAUUCUUUUUAUGGGCAGCCUUUUAUAUGGUGCAUGCUCCACAACUUUGGUGGGAACCUUGGCUUGUUUGGUGCUAUUGAAAAUGUCAACAAUGGACCAUCUAUAGCUAGAAAAUUUCCAAAUACUACUAUGGUUGGGACUGGAUUGACACCAGAGGGAAUUGAGCAAAAUGAUAUGAUGUAUGAAUUGAUGAAUGAACUAGGGUGGCGCAAUGACUCCCUGAACCUUCAGGAAUGGGUGCCUCUGUAUGCAAAAAGGCGUUAUGGUACCAACAACACAGAUGUUGUAAAGGCAUGGCAGCUGUUAAGUCGUAGUAUUUACAACUGUAGCACGUUUGUCCACAACCAUAACCGUAGCCCUUUAGUUCGUCGUCCACAACUGCAUAUGAACACUGACGUUUGGUAUAAUAAGAGUGAUGUCUACGAAGCUUGGAAGCUUAUGCAUACAGCUAUGCAGUCAGUCCCUAAAAGUGAUACAUUUCAGUAUGACUUGGUUGAUAUCACGAGAGAGGCUGUUCAACUUUUGAUAACUGAUUAUUAUGUUGAAAUGAGGAAUGCUUUUCAUGCUGGUUCUCUUCCAGAUCUGCUGACAGCAGGAGGGGUGCUUGUUUAUGAUCUACUUCCUGAACUUGAUAAUCUUCUCUCUAGCGAUGUCCAUUUCUUGUUAGGGCGUUGGAUAGAAGAAGCUAGAAAAAUAUCAACCAGUGACAAGGAAGCUGCGCUGUAUGACAUGAAUGCUCGUAAUCAGCUGACUCUUUGGGGCCCUUGGGGAAAUAUUUUGGACUAUGGAAACAAGGAAUGGGGAGGGCUUAUAAAUGAUUAUUAUUCACUGCGGUGGUCUUUAUUUGUCUCCACAUUGGUGUCCUGCAUUAAUGACGGAGUGCCAUUCAACCAACAGCAAUUUGAUAGUGAGGUUUUCAAAGUUGAAAGUAGCUUUAUUAAUAACGGGGUUACUUAUCCUUCUAAACCAGUUGGAAAUGCAUAUGAAAUUGCUUCUAGGAUUUUCCUGAAGUACUAUCCUGAUGCACUGAAAAGGAUGCAUAAGACAUAAGACACUGUGUUGGUCAGAAACUUUUAGAGGAUUUGGUUCUAAAGUAGAAGUACUGCAUUGCUUUUCUUUGUAUUUUGAUAGUACAUGCAUCAUUCAGACAGGCUGUAGUUAUUGGCUACUUCAGUGAUUGAAAUGGCAUACCUGUAGGAAAUGUUUCUUAUCCAUCACAGUCCCAAGCUUUCUUGAUGGAAGUGUCAUGUUGGAUUGGUUCCUUCAGAAUCAUUGACAAGAGGAAGAGUUUGGGAGAAUUUAUGAGGGCUGCAAACCAAAUAAAGAUGAAUUUAACUUUU